AAGAUGUUUAAGAUGUACUCUAUUCAUUUGUGUCUUUCCAUCUAAAAAGUAGUUCAAAGCAGCAUCUACAUGCGUGACAGAUAUUGCUAUGUUUGGUGAUGUUUCCCUCACCCACACUCAUUCCCAGACAUUUAGUUAGAGGGCCAUUACAGGAAACCCACAUUUACACCUCAGCCUGCUCAAUGCAGAAAUGCAAAGAAAUAGUUAUCUAGUGCACACCUUACUAGAAAAAAGUUGCAGUCAUUGGUACAAAAGAAUAGAGUAGAAAAAAAGAGUAGUUUCCCAGCCAGACUGUUUCAACCAGCAUACAUGUUAUCACCAGAGGGAAGGUGACAGCAUUCAACCUGUACAUCAGAAAAGAAGAUAUUGGGUAAGAUGAACACAACCGAGGCCACCAGCACAGACAUUUACUAUGGCUAUGGCAACUAUGAAAGCCCUUGUAGCACUGGCACCAGUCUAACCCAAGGGUCCAACUACCAGUCCAUUCUCUUCUACCUGGUGUUCACCCUGGGUCUGACAGGCAACAGUCUGGUGCUCUGGGUCCUCCUCAAGUACAUGAAACUGAAGACAAUGACAGACAUCUGUCUGCUGAACCUAGCACUAUCUGACCUGCUCCUCGCCCUCUCCCUGCCUCUAUGGGCCUACCACGCCCAGGGUCAUGAGUUUGAAAGGGACAGUCCGUGUAAGAUCAUGGCUGGUGCCUACCAGGUGGGCUUCUACAGCAGCAUCCUGUUUGUGACUCUGAUGAGUGUGGAUCGCUACCUGGCCAUCGUUCACGCCGUGGCCGCCAUGAGGGCCAGGACGCUGCGCUACGGAGCGCUGGCGAGCAUCAUCGUCUGGGUAGCGUCCAUCAGCGCUGCUCUCCCUGAGGCCAUCUUCGUAGCGGCGGUGAGGGAGAAUGACGAGAACAGUGGUACAAGUUGCCAGCUGAUUUACCCAGAGAACACAGAGAAGACAUGGAAGUUGUUACGGAACUUUGGGGAAAACGGAGUGGGGCUCGUCCUAUGUCUGCCCAUAGUGGUCUUUUGUUACAUCUGUAUUCUCACUGUACUACAGAGGUUAAGGAACUCCAAAAAAGACAGGGCCAUGAAACUGAUAUUCGCCAUCGUGGGUGUGUUUGUAGUCUCCUGGGUCCCUUACAACGUUGUGGUUUUCCUCCAGACCCUUCAGAUGUUUGACAUUGGGAAUAGCUGUGAGGCUUCAACACAGCUUGAUACAGCUAUGGAGGUGACAGAAACCAUAGCGCUGGCUCACUGCUGUGUCAACCCAGUCAUUUAUGCUUUUGUAGGAGAGAAAUUCAGAAAGUGUUUGGGCUCUGUGCUCUCUAGAUAUCCACUGUGUAAAAAGCUCGGCAAACAUGCAAUGGUGAGCAGCAGAGGAUCAGAAAACGAGACUUCUAACACACCUGUGUGAUUGUACUGCUGAAAGACAAUACUUCCAUUGCUGAAAACCUAUUUGAUGCAUUUUCAUUGACAAAAAAACACUUCAGUUGGAAAACAGCAAGUAGAGCAGAAGACCAAUUUCUGUGUCGUAUGGAAUAAUGAAGUAUUCUUCUGAACACAGACUUGCAUAUAAAUGAAGUGUAACAGUAUAAUAUUUAACUUUAAAUGUAUUUUGAUGAGCUCUGACUAUUUGCUAAAGGGUGAUGGGCUGUUUAUGUUUUGAUUACCCAUGUAUGUAUUUCAUGUACAGUACAAGCCUGCACACAUUUUUGCUAUAACAUAAUAUCAAUAUGUUUUGCAUAGAGAUUAUCUCAAUUUCUAUUCUUAUUGUAUGCACAUGUUUUUGUUAUAACAUUAAAACACAACCAGGGGCAGGGUUGUGGCCAGAGGACUGCUGCUGGAUGGCCAGUGGCUAUCUGGCUACUCAUUGGCUACAUUUUCUGGCCAAAUAUUAUUUUGGUAGAAUUUUGACCCUCCUUUGAUUGAGGACCUGUUUUGGUAUUAACUUGAACUUGGACAUCGAAUCAGGAAUUUGACCUUUGUUUUGAACUUUGUUGGCUGAGCAGGUAUUUGUGUUCCUUUCGGGAGGGUUUUCUCAAUAAAUAAGCCUGUGCAUUUUGUUGUACUGAAACAUAUUUGUUCUGCAUUGUGUUGUCAUUUUAUGCUGCUACUUUACCCCCCUAUAAAUCCAAUCUGCACCACAAUAUAUUUUAUUCAGUUGAAGAUGCUAAAUUCAAAGAUGAGACAGACAACAAUCCUGCUAUAUCUGUCAAUAGGUUCAAAUCUUCUUUACAGUAGGUUUACUUAGAAUUGUUUGGAUCCAGAAAACACACAUAUCAAUCUAUUAUAUAUCAAUGUAUUGUAAUUGUUCAAAGACAGGAAGUAUAUCAGCAGUCACCAUAUUUUGACAAUUGAAUGCUAGCAAUGAUGCUAGAACUAAUGCAUCUCUCAGUCAUGACACAAAAUUUGUUCCGUCUUCAGCUAACCACUUCUCAGUAAAGUUAGUUGUUUGAGCACCACUAUGAGUUUGCAUCAUCUACAGGAUAUCCUGCUUGGUGGUGAACAUGUCUGCAGCACAGAUCAAGCUUUUAGGAGUAGUGGCACUCCUCUGUUCAAAAAAGAUAAUACAUUAAUGAUCUUGAAAAAGGGUCCACAGUGUUCAAUAAACUAAACCUGCAGCAUGGAUUCCUCCUGUAGUGUUCCAAGCAUUCAUGAUGCACAGGAGAUGUGCAGGUACAAAUGCAUGCCAUUUGGACUUAAAUCUGUACUCAGCUAUGCAGUAUAGUUUGGCCAAAUCUAUCCGCCCACACCACCACCCACCCCCCACCCCUGCCAGAGACAUCU